UUUUUGGCCGUUUAACGAACGUGUGUCCGAAUCGUGCAGUUCAGUUCUCUCUUGGUGCAGUGUUCUCAAAGAGAAGGAAUAUGAAGGGAUUCUUGGUGGUGGCUGUUGCCUGUCUAGUGACUGUAGUCAGUGGAUUCCCGGAUGGGGCUCCAGCCGAUACCUGCGUGAAAACUCGGUUCAAUCAGCCGAAUCAUGGCGCCGCUCGGAGUCAGGAUUUAAAGACGAGUCCUUUCCGCGUGGUGGCCAGUGGAAACACAUUUUCGCCGGGUAGCCAGAUUCAGGUGGAUGUUGCCGGUCAAGAUGUGUUCCGAGGGUUCUUCCUGCAGGCUCGGGAUGCCCAAACCAACGAAUGGGUCGGCGAGUGGGUGGAGUCAGCGAAUACCAAAACCAUCCCGGAAUGCUCGGCCGUGACACACGCCGACAACAAGGACAAAGAGCGUGCCACUUUUGUCUGGACGGCACCGAAGGAUCGUCAGGGGCAGGUGUAUUUCACUGCUACGCUGGUGAAGAACUACGGCACCUUCUGGGCAAAUCAAGUUGCCGAUGUUCCUACGGCGCGGCACCUUGGUUGAGCAGCAUAAUGUGAUGGGCCUCAUGCUUAUAAUGGUAGAUGCACUUCUAUCCACCGAUGAUCGUUGUUGAGGCUAGACCUUUUAGAUGUAUAUUUCCGUUGGUUUGUAAAUAAAUUUUUGCCAAAAAGAAACAAUAA